AUGGCGUUGAACGCCACGCAGCCGCCGGCAGUGGCGCGCGAUCCAAACAUCACAGCAGUCGCCACGAAGUUACCGGGAGUGCCAUCGACGCCUCUACCUACGACGGUGCGACUACCUACGACGGAGAGCCUACCAGCGACCGCCGCGAUCGAGUUUCCAUUGACGCCCAGCGUGCCCUCGACCAACCCGGUCGCGAGUCCCACCUCCAACGACACACAAGGGACGACGGCAGCACUCGCGUUGGCGAUUACAUGCCCGGUCGUCGUGGGCAUCGUCGUGCUGUACAUGAUGCUUGUCAAGCGCUGCUGCGGUCCGCUGCAUGUCGAGCCGAGCCCGCUCGGUCACUUGCAUACCUUGUCGUCGGACAGCUAUGAGCUCACGACGCGCGAGACUGUGGUGCCGCAGUUGGACGCGCGGCAGCUACGGCUCGUGCGCCUUUUGGCCCCGCCCAGCGACAGCUUUCAAGUGUACUUUGGCACGUACUAUGCAGGGAAUGGCUCACUGGACGUGGCGGUCAAGCGCCUGACGCCGUGGCGGCAAACAGACCACGAGUUUGUGCUGCAGUUCAUCGAGCACAUCCACCUGCUGUCUCGAUUGCGGCACGCCAACAUCGUUGCGGUCGUCGGUGUCGUGUGGCACCACCAGUUCAACGCGGAAGUCGCUUUCGAGUUCUUGUCCCAAGGGUCGCUACGCGAUCUCCUCACAACGACGAAUCCGCUCACGGUAGCCUGGCCCGACAAGAAACACCAGCUCGCCUUGGAUGUGCUCUUGGGGCUCACAUAUUUGCACAGCCAAGAUGUCCUCCACCAGCAACUCACGAUGGACGCCGUGCUUUUGACCACGUCGGUCCACCGCGUCACGGCCAAAAUCGCCAGCAUUCCGUUUCAACGCGAUGAUUGUCUGUUCUCGCGCACGUCAGCAUCGUCGUCCGUCUCGUCGUCCUCGUCCCGCUGGAGCGACGUCUUGCGUCAAACUACGACAUACGUCAGUUGUCGCAUCUCACAGUCGCCUCAAACCGAGCUCAAGACGUGGGUCGCGCCCGAGGUUCUACGCGGCGAGAAGCCGACGGCGGCCAGUGACAUGUACUCGUUUGGUGUCCUCCUCUCGGUCCUCGACUCGCACGAAGACCCGUACAAGCACCAUUUAGCCCAGAUGGACAAUGACAUUCUGCUGCAGCGCAUUAGCCACGGCACGCUGCGGCCGACGCUCUCUGUACUGUGUCCGCCGGGCAUCACCGAGCUCGCGCUCGCGUGUUUGGAAAGCAAUCCGCUGGACCGUCCGACGGGCGCGAGGGCCAUCGCGUACCUCGAAGCACCGCCGACGUCGUUUACGAGUUCGCGCAGUGUGUCGAUGCGACAGAGCCCGACCAUUGUUUUGUAA